AUCAGAGUGCACGCCGAGGAUGACGACUUUGCAUCCACUUUGAAGAGACCGUACGACGAAACAGCGGAGGAGAUUAUACGAUUCUUAAAGGGAAGAUACCAGCUCGUUGGUGACUACAAGUUGAGUUUGAGGGUUGGUAAGGUCACGAAGAAGCUGGAGUCGUAUCAGAGACCCGUGAAGAUCCAGACGAACUUGUUAUUGCUUUCGGGUUAUACAGAGGCGGACAAGAUGGAGGAGAUUGGAAGGUUUGAUUUGACCUAUCUAUUCAAAUUCAUCCUUCAUCAUGACGUUUUGAAACAACUGACACCAACAGAGGAAGAAGCCAUAGGCAGAGACCUGGUGCACGUUAAUUUGAAGAGCAAAGACUUGCAAAAGAUCCCAGCCUUGUGCUAUUCGUCGAAAGUCCAAAGCUUGGACGUUUCAAAUAACGGUGAUAUUACUUUACCAUUGGACUUUUUCCAAAUGUCAAAUUCCCAGCUGAGCUCGUUGAGAAUGGUCAACAUUAGAGCGAAAUAUUUCCCUCAGAAUGUGGUGUAUGCUAGAGAAUUGGUGUCCCUGGACUUGGAGAGAAACUUCAUCACAAGCAUACCGGAGAACAUCUCAUUUCUCAAGAACCUGUCUAUAUUGAAUAUGAGCUGUAACAAGCUUAGCUACCUACCAGAUCUACCGGAGAGUUUAAAGAUCUUGGAUUUGAGUUCCAACGAGUUUGAGGAGUACCCAGAGUCUGUGAAUAAGCUGACCAACCUUUUGCAAUUGGAUCUAUCUUAUAACAAACUACGUACUCUUCCAGAGUCAAUUAACAACUUGAAAUCAAUAAAGAAGAUCAACAUCUCGUCGAACUAUUUGACCAAAGUCGAGAUCAGACUCACAAAUCUAAGAGCUUUGAACCUGAGACACAAUGAUAUCUUUUCUAUUCGUUUACCAGGGUCAAAUGUUGAGAAUCUUUAUUUGUCAAACAACAACAUUUCGAAUAUAUCCGAUCCCUUACGAAGUUUGAGAGCCUUGGACCUACAGGCCAACCCAAUUACUCAAUUGAGUAUCGAGUCGCCGAAUUUGAUCUCAUUGAACUUAUCAAAGGCUAAGCUAACUGCAUUUCCAACUACUAUUCUCAACCACACGAAGCUGGAAAAGCUGGAGCUCAGUCAUAACGCUCUCCGUCAGCUCCCUGAUAUAUCGAACCUCACGAGCCUGAGGGAACUAUCGCUGUACAGCAACAAUCUUGAACAACUACCAGAUAUGUCAUCCUUGACUAAACUAAAGGUCUUGGACCUCCACGACAACAACUUGAAGCUUAUACCUGAUUUUUCAUUCGUGGAGAGUAUCAACCUUUCUUCGAACCUGAUUUCAGAGCUGCCUGAGGCUGCACACAACAAGGCCCUCCACAUUUGGGCAGCUGAUAACCAACUCGAUGAAUCAUGCUUUGACGUUUUAAAGCAGUUGACCGACCUUAAAACUUUGGAUUUGUCUUACAACAAGUUGAUAGAUAUUCCACAAGGCGUGUUCAGCACACUCCAUCUGAUUCAGGAGCUUUAUCUUGCGGGAAAUUCGUUAUCGACACUUCCUGAUGACUUUGACGAGUUGAGACUUUUGAGAGUACUACACUUGAAUUCCAAUAGAUUCCGUACUUUACCUGCUGGGCUAUCGAAGCUUGCGGAUCUGGAAGUGGUGGAUAUCGGCUCCAAUGACUUGAAGUACAAUACAUCAAACUCGAAAUACGAAUGGAAUUGGAAGAAUAAUACCAACUUGCGAUACUUGAACUUGUCUGGAAACAAGAAAAUGGAGAUUACAGAGGAUUUGGAAAUGCCAAAGCUCAAGUUACUUGGUUUAAUGGAUCUGACCAUCACUAUGCAGGUGAUUCCCGAUGAUAGUAUGGAUUUCAGAGUACGUGUAACUCCAACAACCUUGGAUCACAUGUCUUAUGGUAUUUCAGAUAAGAUCAAUAAGCAUAUCACCACGAGAGACUCUGUAUUCCAAAAUAUCAACGGUGGUACACUGAUUUGCUUGUUCGAUGGGUUGUACUCUGGUAAAAUUUCUUAUCUGAUUAAGGAUAGUUUCCACAAGUUGUUCGAAAAUGAGCUUAAGAAGCUUGACGUCCCUACAGCUAUGAGAAGUGCGUUCCUUCAACUAAACGGUGUCAUUAAUAAUGCGAACCUUAACUCUGAGGAUGGAUUGACAGGCUCUACUGCAACAGUUGUGUAUCUCAAAGAAGGAAAGGCUUACUGUGCAAAUAUUGGUGAUACUAUGGUGAUGAUUGCCAAACCGGAUGGAUCGUACAGCUGGUUGAGUGUUCUUCACCAACCUUCAAUACCUGCAGAGUUUGACAGAAUUAGAACUUCUGGUGGGUUUGUCUCCAGCAAUGAUAGGGUAGAUGGUAUCUCACAGGUCUCCAGAGCAGCCGGGUUUAUCGAUCUUUUACCACACGUUCAUACAGGGCCUGAUUCUUCCGAGUGCACAAUCAACGACGACGUUCUUGUGAUUGCAUCUAAAGAGUUGUAUGACUAUUUACCAGUUAAAACAAUUGGUGAUAUUGUGAGGGAAUCUGACAAUCCAAUGGUCACUGCAGAGAGACUCAGGGAUUACGCCAUAUCAUAUGGUUGCUCUACGAAAGUUUCUGCUAUAGUUGUUUCCACGAAGAAGGCCAAGAAGAAGAGUGGUCCAGUUUCAAGACAACUGGUCCAAGACUCCAAUUUGAGAAGAUUAAGACCUGAGAUUGAACCACCAUCAGGCGAGUUAGCUAUGGUUUUCACGGAUAUUAAGAACUCUACCCUACUGUGGGAGAACUAUCCGUUAGCCAUGAGAUCUGCUAUCAGAUCACAUAACGAUAUCAUGCGUCGUCAAUUGCAUAUCGUUGGUGGUUAUGAGGUUAAAACGGAAGGUGAUGCGUUCAUGGUCUCCUUCCCUACAGUGACGUCUGCGAUGAUCUGGUGUUUCAACGUUCAAAAUCAACUCUUACAAGAGGACUGGCCAGCAGAAAUAUUACAGAGUGAAGAAGGUUGUGAGAUCAAGGAUGACGAUGGUAAUACUAUUUACAGGGGGCUGUCUGUCCGUAUGGGUAUUCACUGGGGUACACCAGUGUGUGAGCCUGAUAUCAUUACUAGAAGAAUGGACUAUUUCGGUCCUAUGGUGAACAGAACUGCAAGAGUCUCUGCGGUGGCAGACGGUGGUGAGAUCACUCUAACGUCCGAUUGUGUGGAGCACUUUAAGAAGAUUGAGGCCGCUUACAACAAGGUACAAGAAGGUGUCAAUAUCGAAGUCGCAUUUGCAGAUCUUGAGGACCCAGAGAUCUUGGAGAGUCAAUUCCGUAUCUUGAAGACAAUUGGAUGGAGACUAGAACUCUAUGGAAAAGUUCAACUGAAGGGUCUUGAAACAGAGGAGACCAUAUCGUUGAUCUUUCCGAAGGGGCUGGCAUCCAGAUAU